GGCUGGUAAACAAACCUCGAUUUGAAAUUCAAUCCAGUGUCAGUUGGGGCUUCAGUGUAAUAUAAAAUUUCUAACAACCGAGGUUUCGGCGAAAGUUAAAAAAACGCAGGUUGAAAUUAUGAGUUGAAAAAUUGUCUCUCUACACUCGUUAAUUUUUCAUUCCGUAGCUUUAUUUUAUUAUAAGUUUGAAAUUCGUAAAUCAAGCGAUACACCUAACCUAAAAAAAUGCUCGACGGCGGGGAUGAUAGCUCGUUAAAAACGAAUCAGAAAAAAACUAACGAAGAAUUAAAAUACGAGAUGAGCGAAUUGAAUAAGCUGUUAAACGCGGAAACAGAAUACAACGAAAAGUACCAACAGGAGAUGCACGAGAUGCGACAAAAGUUGGGAGCCGCUCUCGCCAUGCAAAAAGAUCUUUUCGAAAGCAACGAAUUAUUGGAGGAAAAUCUCACCCGGCACAAGUUGGAUGCGGAAAUGAAGACAAAUCAACUUUUAGAAAAAUUUGCUAACGAGAAAAAGGAUUACCAAGAACAACUCUCAGAGCUUGAGGCAAGCCUGGCUGGUGAAAAAAAAAAGAAUCAAGAGUUGAAAGAAAGAAUUGCCGCUAAGGAAAAACUACUCUUCGUUACUGCACGAUCCGAAAGUUUAGACAAAGGUGAGGAAUUACUAACAACGAAGCAAACGAUCGCUAGUCUCAACGAGGAAUUAGAUAAGAAAGAAAAAGUUCAGGAAGAGUUGUUAUUUAUACAACAGCAGCUUGAGGAAACUAUCGUGAAACUUAAAAAAGACUACAAUGAAGUUGCGGAAAUAUUGGAGUUGAAAAAAGCAGAUAUAAAAUCACUGAAUGAGAUUUUGGAAACUACCAAGGAUGAACUUGUUAUAUGUCGGUCUGAGUUGGAGUCAUUGAAAGCUGUUCCCGCGAGUGAUUCUGUCAAGGGGAAUUCGCUGUUUGCCGAAGUAGAAGAUAAUCGGAGAGAAUUGAUAAAAGACUUGACAUCAAUGAAGGAAAAAUACAUGGAAAUGAAAGAAACUUACAGAGCAAAGGAGAAUGAAAUUAGUGCACUCAAAGCUGAGAGAGCGACGUUACUUAAAAGAUGGAAAGAUGACGAUGCAGAGAUGAUAAAUCAUAACGCUAGUUUGAUAGAAACGUACAAAGCGCGUAUUUUGGAGUUGGAGAAUAAGUUGAAAGACGAAGCAAAAAAAUUGAAAGUUACAGACGGCAACAAAGAGCCGGUUAACAAUAAUUUCAGCUACCUACAAUCUCUGUUGGCAACAAAGAAGAAAGAGAUUGAAGAUCUGCAAAGUCACCUGGAUGAAAGUUCAACGCAGAAGAUUAUACAAGAAGAAAUUAAAUGCCAUCUUUCAAAGCAGCUCAUACAGUGGAGACGCAAAGCCAUGUCGUUUCAGGCACAGGCAUUGACUGCGCAAAAUCAAAUCAAAUGUGAGGACUGUUUGAGACUGAACUUAAAAGAUUUUGGGGAUGCUAAUAUCUGUGGAGGAAUUGAGCAUCUAGAUGGAGAAUCGAUGGAAAAUAUCGCGUCUAAUUUAGGCGAGGCGUGUCACGUCGAUGAUACUUUGGAAAAACUACUCCAAGUUCCGAGACUUUCGACGGAUGAAUGGAAAAGUUCAACAGCUUCUGUGAGCGGGCUCAAUAAUGAUUUGGAAAUAUUGCAAGAGUUUAAUACACUCGGGGAAUCCAAGGAAGCAAUUCGUUCAAGAAAAAGUAUUGAAACCUGUCGGGUAUCACUGUCUCCAAAAAAAAGCAUUGGUUCACAAGAGUCGAAUAAAGAGAACACCGCCGAUACUUCAAACGCGAUUGACGUAACUCUAAAAUCAGCACUUGUCAAACCGUUAAAGAGAACUACGUGUCCCAAGAAUCAAGAGAAGACGACAAAGAGUUUGAGAUUUACAUCCGAUACAGUCGAUGUGCAAAAGCCUAAACUAAUCAGGCAAAAAGUCGAGAAGAAAUGUCCAGUUGUUUUUAUCAGUACUCAACCAAAAAAAUGAUUUCUUACCUAAUUUUGAGAGAAUGAUUUUUAUACACUAUUAUUCAAAUAAAA